AUGGGUAAAAGCUCGGCGUUCGAUCCGGGCCAUCACGAUCGCGUCACAGUGGUGCACACCAACUUCAACGGCACCCUCAUCCUGACGGCGUCGAUAGACCACCGGAUCAAGGUCUGGGAGCGAGAUCCGAAGACGGGUGAGAGAAAGUUGCUGGACACCUUCACGGCACAUGACUCCGAUGUGAGAGAUGCCAAGUUCCUACACCCAACGCUAGGCACACACCUAGGCAGCAUAGGCAACGAUCUCAAAUUCCACCUCUGGAGUGAAGACGCUUCGCAAGCUCCUCGAGGAGGCCAUCGGUUUAGGCGCGUCGCGACAAUCCCAUCGACGCCGCGCGUGCCAUUUGUGAGCAUGGACGUCAAGACGCUGGCAACGGACCACGUGUCGACGUUCCUGGCCCUGAUUGACCGACAGGGCCUGCUGAGCAUCUACGAGCCGAGCACACCGGACGAUCUGCGAGAGUGGACGCUACUGGACUGCUUCAACGUGUGCGCGACGGGUACAAGCGCCACGCCCGGCCGCGGCGAAGAGACCAGCUUCAAAGUGCGCUUCGACCCGAACCCGACGCCGCUGGCUUACAUCAACUCGGUCAGCGACGACCGCGACCAAUUGGGCAUCGUGGUCUGCGCGCUCAACGAGGUCAAGAUCUAUCGCAGCGUCGUGCCCUCGCACACCGGUACCAGCGCGGACGUGAGCAUGGGUGGCAUAGGCAUGGGCAUCAGCGGUGGCACGGGCAUCUCGGGUGGCAGCAACGCCAGCCACCGACUGAUGUUCUACGAGGCCAUCAGACUGCCCACGCAUCCAACGCUGGUGCGGGACGUGGCAUGGGCGCCGUUCAGCGUGCGUGGCACCGACCGCAUCGCGACGGCGUGCAAAGACGGCGCCGUACGCAUCUUUGAACUCGGUGUCGCUGACGGCCCUGGCGCUGCGGCCAGAGACGGCGAUGACAGUCGGCAACAGCGCAACAAUGGCCCUCCAGGCCGCAACAACGGCGCAGACCCGCAACACUCUACACCAACGCCAACAACACGUAGCAUGAGUAUGCAACAACAGUCACAACAGCAACAUCAAUCGAGUCUGACGACCCAAAUCGCCGGCCGACACGGGACCACCGUGACGCACCACACGUCCCCUUCGUCCUCCGGGACAUCGGCGCCGCAACACUCGGCGAACCCCGCCCGGACGGCCUACACGUUUCCUUACAUGACCACCCUCUCGUCUGCUACCACGCUCGCCCAGGCGCACACGGACGCCUGGUCCGUCAUGUUCGACUCGCAGGGCCAGGUGCUCAUGAGCACCGGCGGCGACGGGGUGACCAAGGUGUGGAGGAAGAGUGUGCUGGGUGGGCAGUGGAUGAUGUUUGCGGGACAGGAGAUUACGGGUGAUGAUAAUGAUGAUGACGACGACGAGGAUGAAGAUGAUGAUGACGAUGACGAUGAAGCGGACGAAGAACACAGGGAAGACGGCAAUAGAGUGAAUGGGAAGAAACAGGGGACAGAGACGGCGUAG